UUUUGUGGGUUUCUCUAAUCUGUCAAAAAUUUCUGAUUGUUCGUCUUAAAUUGCUGGAUCCGAAGAUGAAUCGGUUCACAAACACUCCGUUCGAUUACUCUUCAAGUCCGGCGAUGAUUCUUCAAUGUCCGCAAAAAAUCCAGUGAAAUUUGGAAGAGAAAACACCUCAAAAAUUUCAGAAUCGGGAAAGGACAUCGAAAACCAGGUUUUAUCCAUCUUGUAUGUACUGGAUUCGAUUUGAGUUGCUUGGGAUUUGAAAAGGAAUGGCUCAUAGGGAUAGGAUAAGUCACUUGCCUGAUGAGUUGCUCUUGAGGAUAUUGCGGUUUCUGCCUAGUACCAAAGAUGUUGUAGUCACAAUGGUUUUGUCUAAACGGUGGCAGUUUCUUUGGAUGAUGGUGCCAAAACUCGUAUACGAUGAUCAUAGCUAUCCGCAUCGUAAGUAUGGAAGGUUUUCACGCUUUGUGGACAGGUCUCUGCUUUUGCACAAGGCUCCAGUCCUACAGACUUUGCAUUUCAAAGUUAGCAAAACCUGUGGUGUUGGUGAUAUUCCACUAUGGACUAGAGCUGCGGAUAAACGCUCUGUGCGUGAACUGAUUAUCGAGAUCGGCAGCUCUUCUAGUAGCUCUUCUAGUAGCUCUUCUAGUGCAUCUCCGGCCAUUUUUCCAAGGAGUUUGUACACAGGGUGUAGAAUGCUUGCGAGGUUGGAACUAAUUAACGUUAUUCUCGUGGAUGUUUCUUCAACGGUCUCUUUCCCAUCUCUCAAGUAUUUGGGACUUAAAUCCGUCAAGUACCCUGGUGAUGAAUUUGUCCAGAUGUUGUUAUCCAAUUGUAUCGUUUUGGAACAUUUGUGGGUUGAGCAAUGCCCCGGUGAUAAUGUGACCAUUUUCACCAUUAGAGGGCCUUCUCUCAAGAGAUUAGUCAUGGAUAAAUCACAAGACAGAGAAACAGUAGAUGCAGAUGGGUUUAUAAUAGACGCUCCUUCUUUGGAGUGGUUGGGGAUUAUUGAUUAUAGUGGUGGAUGUGUCGUUGAAAUGCCUAGUAUUGUAAAGGCAUAUUUUGAAGUUAGUUAUCAGUGUUUUAGCAAUAUUUUGGGUACUAUAACUUCAGUCAAAUGUCUUCAGUUAUGUUUACUAUACUCAAAGGAUGCAUAUCCAGUUGGUAAUGUCUUCUACUGUCUUGAACAUUUAACGAUGUGCACGUGUCAAAAGGAGUGGUUGAAUACACUUAUUUGUCUGCUCAAAGAUUCCCCUAAACUAAAGUAUCUCAAACUCGUAAAAUUCCAUUUCAUUGAAGGUAAAGAACCGCGCCUGUGCUGGAAUGAACCAAGCUCAGUUCCAGAAUGUGUGUUAUCGAGUCUUGAAACUCUGAAAUGGGUAGACUAUGAAGGAACUGAAGAAGAGAAAGAAGUGGCAGCAUUCAUCUUAAGAAACGGAAGCUGUUUGAAGAAGGUAAUCAUCUCCUUUGAAACCACUGACCGUGACGAGAAACUUGAGAUGAUCAAGGAGUUGUCAUUUUUGUCAAGGCGUUCACCUACCUGUCACCUUAUAUUCGACUGAUGUUGCGGUCAAGUAACAUCUUGCUGGUUUGGUUGGUGUUUGGUCUUAAUGUUAGAUAAGCUAUCAGAAUUUCUUAUGUUUCUCUUUUCUAAAUUUAGCACUUUAAAUUUGUUAUGUUCUGUCUUCGCAUUAGAAACACAUUACAACUAUUAUCCUUUGUUUACUCCAAUUC